AUGUAUUUAAAAAUUGGAAUACAUAAAAAUGACCAAAGGUACCAACGAAUUUUAUGGAGAAACCUAGAUUCAACUGCCGAGCCUGAGAUUUAUUUGGCUUCUGAAGCUGUUCUUGAAGCAACUUACAUGAACGACACAAUAACUUCUGUAGUUGAUGAAAAAGUAGGAGUUCAAUUAUACAAGGAACUCACGCUAUUAUGGGGUUCAGCAGGAAUGUUUGCACAAAAGUGGCUUAUAAACUCGGUCGAAGUUCUUAAAAUAACACCAAGAAAUGAUCGUGCAGAACAUAUAAAUUUAGAUUUUGGAGAAUUGCCUGCAAUGAAAACACUUGGAGUUUUCUGGAAAGCAAAACCUGGUUUAUUUUUUAGUUUUCACUCUGAAACAACCGAAGAAAAUACAGUAUAUACAAAACGAGUUUUGCUUAAAAAAAUAGCAAUAUUGUUUGAUCCAUUGGGUUUUUUGGCACCAUAUAUCAUUUGA